GCACUGCACUCUUGGCAGCUGCCUGAGCAGGAAGGGCGGCGAUGGGCUCUGUGCUGAGCAGCGACAGCGGCAAAUCCGCGCCCGCCGCGGCCACCCCGCGGGCUCUGGAGCGCAGGGGGGACCUUGAGCUGCCCAUCACGUCCUUCGACUGCUCUGUGUGCCUAGAGGUGUUGCACCAGCCGGUCCGGACCCGCUGUGGCCACGUAUUCUGCCGUUCCUGUAUUGCCACCAGUCUAAAGAACAAUAAGUGGACCUGUCCUUAUUGCCGAACAUAUCUUCCUUCAGAAGGAGUUCCAGCAACUGAUGUAGCCAAAAGAAUGAAAUCCGAGUACCAGAACUGCGCUGAGUGCAAUACUCUGGUUUGCCUCAGUGAGAUGAGGGCACACAUAAGAACUUGUCAAAAGUACAUUGAGAAAUACGGACCACUGCAAGAACUCAGGGAGACAGCCACAAGAUGUGCGUGUCCAUUUUGUCAGAAGGAAUUGGAUGAAGACAGCUUACUGGAUCAUUGUAUUACACAUCACAGAUCAGAAAGAAGACCUGUGUUCUGCCCACUUUGCCGAUUACUUCCCAGUGAGAACCCAAGCAGCUUCAAUGGCAGUUUAAUAAGACACCUGCAAGUCAGUCACACUUUGUUUUAUGAUGACUUCUUAGUAAGUAUGCUUUCUUACUUUUACGUUAUGCUUUUAUGCUGUUUGGAUUAAACUUGUCUUUGUUAA